UCAAGCGCCGCCGAAGUCUAAACCCGCAGUUGCACAGCGGAGCGAAGAAGAAGAAGAAGAAGAAGAAGAAGGAGUCGUUCUUAAAAGACUGAAAAUGGCGUCGGAGUUACAGUUACCGCCAGGCUUCAGGUUCCACCCGACGGACGAAGAGCUUGUGAUGCACUACCUGUGCCGGAAAUGCGCAUCGCAGCCAAUCGCUGUGCCGAUUAUCGCCGAAAUCGACCUCUACAAAUACGAUCCUUGGGAACUUCCCGGUAUGGCGUUGUACGGAGAGAAAGAGUGGUACUUCUUUUCGCCUAGGGACCGGAAGUACCCGAACGGUUCAAGGCCGAACCGAGCGGCCGGGACGGGCUACUGGAAGGCGACCGGUGCCGAUAAGCCGAUAGGUCAACCGAAGCCAGUCGGGAUCAAGAAGGCUCUUGUGUUUUACUCCGGCAAAGCACCCAGAGGAGAGAAAACGAAUUGGAUUAUGCACGAGUACCGACUGGAUGUGGAUCGCUCGGCUCGCAAGAAAAACAGCUUAAGGCUGGACGAUUGGGUUCUGUGCCGCAUAUACAACAAGAAGGGCAGUAUCGAGAAACAACAGCAACAGCAGGCCGCUAUCGACAAGAAGAUGACGAUGAUGAACGACCAGGAAAUGGAGGACAAAAAGCCGGAGAAUCUGACCGUCGGAGGGACCGCAUCGGCGAUCCUUCCCGCGCAGACGGAGAAGGCGAAUGAUUACAUGUAUUACGACACGUCGGAUUCGGUGCCGAGGCUGCACACUGACUCGAGCUGCUCGGAGCAAGUGGUGUCGCCGGAGUUUGCGUCCGAGGUACAAAGCGAGCCUAAGUACUGGGAAAAGGCAUUGGAGUUCCCAUUUAAUGGCAUAGAUACCGCCAUCGACGGCGGAUUCGGUUCGCAAUUCCAGAGUAAUAAUCAAAUGUCGCCGUUGCAGGAUAUAUUCAUGUACCUUCAGAAACCUUUUUGAUGAGAUGGUUCGGUUCGAAUGAGGCCGAAACGUCACACAUUUGUCAAUGGAUGCAUGCAUCGCGCGGUAACUCGAGACAAAAAAGUCUAUGACUGUUCCCGUGCUCUGCUAAGAAUUAGAAGAAAAAAAAAAGAAAGAAUAGUAUUUGUGGGGUCCAGGGAAGAGGGGCAAAAACGUGUUUUUCUUUUUUGGGGAGUUAUGUUUGAUGUAAUCGUGCAUGGUGGAUGGAUACAUACAUUUAGGACACAGUGGUGGUAUAUGCAUCAUGUAUGUUAUAUCAUCAUGUAUAGAUGAUGUGUCAAGUGUACUGUAUACAUGAUGAUGAUGAUAGUUUUUGGGAUGCUCA